AUGAGUCACAGUGAAAUGAAGCAGGCAACCAACACAGAAGAAAGUGGGAGUGAUGGUGGUAGUUUAGAUCAAACUAUCGUGGAUAAUGGGAAAGCAACCACCAGCAAGACAAAGAAAGUGAAGACAAAGACAAAGCAGGGAAAAGCAACGAGUGAGAAACAUAAUUUAACCGAAAAGAUGAUUGACGCGAUGAAGGUUAAAGAACUGAAAGAAAAACUGCAUGAAUUACAGUUGGAUAGCACAGGGAAUAAAGCUGAGUUGAGACAAAGAUUGAAAGAAGUUAAAAACAUAGAAGACGAAGAAGAAGAGGAGGAUGAAGAAGAAGAGGAAGAUCAAAGAGACGCGCAAACAAGGAAGUCAUCAGAUUUACAAUCAAAGACGUCGACAAAAGCAUUCCAUAUUUUACUGGAGACGACAAAUUGCCAAUUAAAAAAUGGAUGA